AUGAAUCAUCUUCCUUCAUCAUCAUCAGCCUUUCGAUCGUCGACUUCCAAUCAUUCCAAUAUUCCUGCAACAACAACGAAUAUCAAUCAUUCCAUUCCGUCUUCUGGAAAUUCAUCAUCUUUUCAAAAUGUUUCAUUUACUUCUUCUCAUCCUCCUCCGAACACAACCAUUCCUAUAACUUCAAUGGAAAUUAAUCGCAACUCUACAAUGGAUCAAAAUCCAACCAUUUCAACCAUGCUGUCGAAUCAGGAAACUUUAAAUUUAUUGGAAUUGUUGAUGCGGAAUGGAGAGUUGAAUUCUUUACUUGUUCGAAAUCAACCAAAUGUUGUGUUGCCUUCAUCAUCAUCUACGACAACGACAAAUGGUGGUAGUAACAAUAAUCACACGUUCAAUGUCAUGACCUCCCAACAACAACAUCACUUGUCAACUGCCAACACCAAUGAACUUGGAAACGCCAUGAUGAACAAUGUGUAUGCAAAUUCGUCGUUGGCGAAUCCAACGAAUAACUAUCUUUUAAAUACGAUCAUGAAUAAUACUAAUGCGAGCGCACUAUUGGGAAUGAACAGUGUGACAAGUUCUUCGAAUCAAUUUAAUACAAAUUCCAAUUCUACGCUUCAGCAAAAACCAAGCGAAGAUAAUUCGGGAACUGGUGCACAACAGUCCACAACAACAACGACCAAUGCUCCUCUCACUCAUCCUAUUGCAUGUUUAGCUUGUAGAAAAGUUCACAAACGAUGUGACAAAAAACUACCCACUUGUACUCGAUGUUCAACAAAGGGAAUUCAUUGCGAAUAUAAAGAACCAGUCUUUAAAAAAGCUGGUUUGAUGAAUUUAACUGCCAACACGUCAAAUGCCAACACAACGAAUAACGCCUCUGAAAAUAUCUCAAAGAAAUCCAUCGAUGUCAUUUCUAUAUUCAAUUCAGCUACUCAAGAUCUAGACGAAAGUGCACGAAUAGCAAUUCAAUCAAUCAAACAAAAUACCAUUGAAGCCUAUUGUUUGAUUGUAUGUAAUGGAAGUCCACCCAUUCGACAAGAAGAUUUAACAAAAUUAUUACUGACAGGUUCACAAGAAUUAUUAAGAAGAAGAGAUGUGUUGGCAUUAAUGCUGGCCAUUCAGGGAUCGGUAGAAAUGGUUUUUGGAUUUGCAGAUCUUGCAGAGGAAUCUUUUAACAAGUCGCGAAAUAUCAUCAUGCAUUAUUUUGAUGACUUUGACAAUCCAUUCGCGGCUGUUACGUACAGUAUCAUUGCAUUAUUUAAUGCUACUAUUGGAAAGCCCUCCAAAGCAAGAGGAUAUCUUCAUCUCACAGAUCAAUUCAUUGCAAAUUGGAAACAAAAAAACAUGGUCACUGUGGUCACAACAGAAUCUCCAUUUGUAGAGUCACACGCUCACGGAAUUUCAUUAAGCAUUUCAAAUCUUCGAGUUCAACAAAUGGUGGUCGAAUUAAUUUCUUGUGAAACUCAUCCAGUUCCAGAUAUUGCAACGUUUGAAAAGAUUUCUCUCGAUUUAUUAGGUUCCUCAUUGCCACCCAAACUCAAAGAAUUUUUCAAACGUCAACACAUUUCACGAGACGAUAUUGAUGAAAUGUUGAAAACUUUUGAAGUAUUUGUCUCAUUGCUGCACUAUUCCGUGAAACCCACAUUCAAGUCAGAAUUCUCUGUGAAGAUUCAUCAUUUGAAUUAUUUAUUACUCAUGAAUGGAUUGAGAAUUUUAUUCUUAUUGUUGGCUGGAUGUAACAUUGCAUGUGCUACAGAAAAUAAUCCAGAGCAUAUUCAAUUAUUGGAAAGCUCAGCAUUGGCCAUUAGCAAAAUUACUGAAGAUGAAUUAUUCGUUUUUGUGAGUCCUUACUUAAUAUCUUUCAUUUUGGUGGCAGUGAGAACGAAUUUGGAAAUUUGUAAAAUGAUCGAUCGUGGAGAGAGAGAAAAUUUACGACCUGUCAUUAUCAAAAAAGAACGAAUUACCAUUCCAAAUAUUGUGAAACAAUAUCACGAGAAUGAAUUAAUUGAUUACUAUGCUGUGGUUGCCAAAGAUUUAAGAGCUCUCCAAGUAUUAAGCAAACGCUAUCGAUACGUCGCUCCACACACCAAAGAACUCGAAGAAUUUCUGAGUCGAAGGAAUCACGAGUAUUCGGAACAAAUUUCACAACUUUUUGGAGCAAGUCAUUUAAUGAAUCAACCAUUGUCAUCAUCCUUCCAUUCUUCCUCCUUCUAUGAUUCUGGAGUUUUCAAUACAGCUCAAGAAAAGAAGAUGAAUCGAGUGGGAACGUUUUACAAUGAAAUGAGAGACUUUUUAUUGAAAUUUAAUAAUCGAAUAGAGGAUGCAUUUGAAGGAACGGCCACUCAUUCCGCUUCACCUCGUGACGGCACUCAAUAUUUAGAACGAAAAUUACGAGAGGCCAAUGUGGAAUCUUUAUCUGAUUUGGAAUUACUGUUGGCUGAAAUUAGUUCCAUGCAAAAUCAACAUCCUUCACCGACCAUGACGACGAAUAAUAAUCAUGGAGGACCAAAAGCUUUAACACCAACGAGCCAAGGAACGAACACAACAGGAGGAGGUUCUUCAUCUUGUUCGAGUUCUGCAACGACGACGAGUUCUGGAUCCUUCCAACAACCACAACCACAACAUCAUCAUGUGCCAUACAUGUCACCACAUAGUUUUCUGGGUUUGCCACAAAAUCACCCAUCCUAUUAUUACUCGUCAUCGACACAACAUGCAAUGGGAUUAAAUGCAACCUCAAAUAAUCAUCCAAUGGGAUCCAAUAUGAAUCAACCUUAUUAUGGAGAUGGAUUUUUUGAUCCUCUGUUGGCGCAUUCUGAAGAUAUUGAUGUGUUUGAGAAUCAAUACCCAUUUCAACCCUAG